AUGAAAUUAUUAAUUUUUUUAUAUUUAAAAUUAUUAAUAUUAAUUGAGUGUCGAAAAGUGUUUGACAUAGAUGAUGAAUAUUUGUCUAAUAACCUUAUAAAAGAUGAUCAGAGUUCUUUUAUAUUAUAUCGCCUUACAUUAUCUGAUGUUCCUUCUUUUACAAAUGCUGAAGAUUUUAAAGUUGACCUUUUGGCUUCACAAUUUAUCAUUAUGAUACCAAGUCAUUUAAUAUUCUAUCCAGAAUUUAACGUUUCACUACUUUCAGCUAAUAAGAAAUUAUCUACUUGGUAUUUUACACAUUUAUAUAAUUAUUUAUAUAACAAUUGUUUAACAUUGAUUUAUUAUUGUUUAGGCAAAUAUUUAUUAGAAUUCCCAAAGUCUUUAACUUUACUCCACAGAUUCUUAAGACUUGACAAUUUAUCAAUAGACUCAGCUGGUGAUCAGCCUAACGAAGGACUCCGAGGAAAGGCCGGAACACUAUAUGAUAGAGCCAAUGCACUAUACGGUGCAAUACCUGGUGCUGAAAGUGCUCCUGGUAAACAAGAAGCUAAAGCACUUAAAGAUGCUGUCGGUGCUGGUGAACUCAGUGGACUCACACAGGCACUCGCUAAUCUUGCAGGUGCUAAUGCUGGUAAUCUACCUACUCUGGCCAAAGAUGCUAAAGAUAAAUACAAUGAUGUCAAAUCUAAAUUCGAAGCAGUUCAGAAACAAAAAGCAGAAGGUAAAUAUACCGAGUAUCAAGAUGAAUAUGGUAAAGUUGAGAAGGCAUGGAAUGCUUUUAAUAAUCUCUAUAAGGAGGCUUUGAAGGCUGAAAUUAGUACAAGUAUUCUCAUAAAGGAAUUACAGACUGCUGCCAAAGCACUUCAAAACAAGGCUAACAGUGAUGGUAAUCUUGAUACACUUAAAGGUCAUGCCGGACAGCUAGCCACAAACGCAGGACUUCUAGCCAGUAGUCCUAGUUCUAGUACUGCCACUAACGUAAUAGAAAACUACGACAGUCUAGAAACUGAAUACAAUGGACUCAAUACUGAGAAGGAUAAGGUCUCCAAGGAGUUCGAAGCUGUCAAACAUAUAUACAACAGAAUGCUCAAUAUUAAGAAGGCCGGAAAACUUAAAGAUCAAGUUGGUGAUGGUAAUGAUGAAAAGAUCUGGAAGAAAGCUAAAGAACUAUACACAAGAGCCGACAACCUAGCCAAUGCCUCUGGACUUCAACCUAGUGAUCCUCCUGAACAAAAAGAACUUAAAGAAGAACUCAAAGGACUUGCCACCGCACUUGCUACUGCUGUAGGAAAAGAUGAUACAGCUGAAGAUUCUCUCCAAAAAGCCCUCAAAGAACUCAAAGACCAUAAUGGCGACAGUACUCCUGAACAGAAGGGUGAACUAGUAAGGAAGGCCAAAGAGGUCAUCAAACAUUAUGACGCUGUCAAAGAAGCCUACGAAAAUGUUAAGGCAAAACAAACUCAAUACACCACAGCUCUUUCUGAUGGUGAAAAAACUAAAUACACCGAAGUUGAAUCUAAAUUCACUCAACUUCAACAAGCCUACGACGAAGGAAAGUGUAAGGAUAUCACUCCUAUCUAUGACAAGGAAUCCAUUAGAUAA